UGCCCGGCGCGCAGGAGGAAGUAGUGAGCCCCCGGGAGUUUGGGCUCUGGGUUCCCGCCGCGUGUGGGGCGGCCCCCCAGCAGCUCCCAGCAGCUGCACAAACUUUUCGGGCGGCGGGGAGGGGGAGCGGGCAGCGGACUGCACUUUGGGCAGUCCCAGGGCGCGCGCGGGCGCGGGCGGCGGGCGCGCGCCACUGACCAUGAAGGUGCGCGUCCCAGCCAGGUGGGCUUGGCUCGGCAGGGGCUGCCUGCUGCUGGGCGCCCUCAUGGUGGCCUAUGCAGUCGUGGAAUUGUCCGUGUCCUCGCUCCGCGCCCCUUCUGGAGACAUCUUCACCUCCGGCAGGUGGGAGAGAGGCUUACCUGGCCCCGGGGCGAAAGCAGAAGACUUGGCCCAGCCCCUCUACGUGAAGCCCCCGCCGGACUCCGCGGCCCCAGGGGAGUGGGGAGAGGCGAGCCACCUCCAGCUCCAGGGGGACGAGGAGAAGCAGGCAGAAGAGCUCAUCGAAAGGUAUGCCAUUAACAUUUACCUGAGUGACAAAAUCUCUCUGCACCGGCACAUCCGGGAUGAUCGCAUGUACGAGUGCCGGCUCAAGACCUAUGACUACCGCAGGCUGCCCACCACCUCGGUCAUCAUCGCCUUCUACAACGAAGCCUGGUCCACUUUGCUACGGACCAUCCACAGCGUCCUAGAGACAUCCCCUGCGGUCCUCCUGAAGGAGAUUAUCCUGGUCGAUGACUUAAGUGAUAAACUGUAUUUGAAGGCUCAGCUGGAAACCUACAUCAGCAAUCUGCAAAGAGUUCGUUUAAUUAGAACCAAGAAGCGGGAGGGGCUGGUCAGAGCCCGUCUCAUUGGAGCGACUUUUGCCACAGGGGAAGUGCUCACUUUCCUAGACUGUCACUGUGAGUGUAACUCAGGGUGGCUGGAACCUCUGUUGGAGAGGAUUAGUCAAGAUGAAUCCGUAAUCAUUUGUCCUGUUAUAGACACAAUUGAUUGGAAUACAUUUGACUUUUACAUGCAGGAAGGGGAGCCGGUAAUUGGGGGAUUUGAUUGGCACUUAACAUUCCAGUGGCAGGCAGUCCCUGAGCAUGAAAGGAGAAGGUGGAAAUCCAGAGUUGACCCCAUCAGAUCACCGGUUAUGGCAGGAGGGCUAUUUGCUGUCAGUAAAAAGUAUUUUGAGUACCUCGGUACUUACGACACAGGGAUGGAAGUAUGGGGUGGUGAGAAUUUGGAGUUGUCAUUCAGGGUUUGGCAGUGUGGAGGGACCCUGGAGAUUCACCCCUGUUCUCACGUAGGGCACGUCUUCCCAAAGCGAGCCCCCUACGCCAGGCCCAAUUUCCGACAGAACACAGUCCGGGCUGCAGAGGUGUGGAUGGAUGAAUAUAAAGAGCACUUCUAUAAUCGAAACCCUUUAGCGAGGAAGGAAAAUUACGGUGAUGUGUCUGAAAGAAAAUUAUUGAGAAGACGGUUGAACUGCAAGAGUUUUGACUGGUAUUUGAAAAAUGUAUUUCCUGCAUUGCGUGUGCCAGAUGAUAGACCUGGCUGGCAUGGGGCUAUUCGCAGUGUGGGAAUAUCUUCGGAAUGUCUCGAUUACAAAUCUCCAGACCGUGAUCCCACAGGAGCUCAUCUGUCUCUGUUUGGAUGUCACGGACAAGGAGGCAAUCAGUUUUUCGAGUAUACGUUAAAGAAAGAGUUACGUUUUAGCGUCCAGACAGAAUUAUGUGUGAUGGUCCCCCACCAGAAAAAUUAUGUUGGAAUGCAGUACUGUCCUAAGCAGGGGUCGCCUGUUCCUGAAGAGAUUAUUUGGCACUUUAAAGAGGAUGGAACAAUUUAUCAUCCCCAAUCUGGUCUGUGUGUGAGUGCUUACCGUACAUCAGAGGGGCGGCCUGAUGUACAAAUGAGAACUUGUAACGCCCUUGAUAAAAAUCAGAUUUGGAGGUUUGAGAAGUAGGCUGGACACGUGCACAGUUGUGUUUAUAAUUUAUGGUAGUCUCAAAAAAAAAACAAAAAAGCAGCCUUGUUGAGGAUUGUAUUUUGUUAAAAAGUUAUUUGAAUGUAGACUGAAACCAUUCCAGAAAAGCUGUUUCAUUAUCUUGUCUAAUACACUGAAACUGGUGGUGGGCCCAAAACCACUUUUCAUAUCAGUAGAUGCCUUAUAGACUGAAUUCAUUUUCUAAGCCCAAUCCAACCUGUCCUUGGCUGAAUUCUUUGUAUGGUGAGAGAGCCCCAGAGGCUUUUAGGUUCCAAACUUACAGUUCAAGAAAUAAAAAAUCAGCAGUAUGAGAAAUGGCUGAUAUUAAUGCAUAAAUUACUGACAUUUGAAGAUUAUGUGCAGUGUGAUUACAGUAAAACUGGCCUGGUAAAUAUAAGAUUUUUAUUUCACCCACCAAUUUGAGUUUUUAGAGUUAUAGUGUUUAAAAACCAAACAGGUGGAAGAGUGCAUCAUUAGCCUUUGUUUGAAUGUUUAAUCACAGUUCUAGAGCAAUUGGAUAAUUGGGUUUGGGAAUUAUGCAAUUUAAUGCUCAGAAGGCUCAAGAAAUAGAUAGGUGUCUAAAUGAAAUGGAGAGGUAUCUGCAGUUUUGAAGUCACUGCAUUUACCUCAUGCAUAUUGAUACCUCUCAUUCUGGCUUAAUAAGAAAUCCCGGUGAAUUCCUUUAUACACAUAUACACAUGCUCAUUCUCUUGAUGCAGUUCUUUGAUUUCAUAAAUAGAGGAGAACCAAGGGGGUUCUUCUCCUCUUUUUUAAAUUAAUGUUUAAUCAUUUAAAGUAAACACAGUGGAAAUGUCCCUGAAGCUAAGACCAACAGUAUUUACAUUACUGUGUGAAUCUGAAAGUAAAUAAUUUGACCAAAGUAUCUGUAAGUAUUCUUUCUCUUUAUGGCCAUUGGUUAGGAAAAUUAAGUAUUUCUUAGCCCUGCAAUCUUCAAAUCACUUUCCGUUUUUCCCAACUUAUCAUAUGUAAGUGUCGUUGAUCGACCUACCUCCCGUCUAUGAAACUUGAAAAGGGUUGUUUUUGUUUUUAAAUUUUAAAUGAGCUGAGCUCAAACUUCUAUUAUGUUUUGGUUGGGGAAUGAAUGUUAGCUGUAGUUAGCCAGUCACUAUGUUUAUAUGGUUUUGAUAACUGUUGAAUAAACUUUUAAAAAAAUUUUCUAAAGUAAUCUUUUGAAUGAAGAAUAAGAAAUGUUUCCCAAACAAAAUUAUUUGAGAAGCAUUGCAGCAUUGAAAAUUAUAUUUUCAAUAUUAAAAAAAAACUUGUUCUAUUUUAA